UUCUACAAUAUUGGGUUAUAUGGAGAAAACGUUGACGACUUAUUGAUUCGCGGAAAACAUUGGAAAGUUCGAACUUUGUCCGCAAUGAGGAAAAUGCUAAACCAUGAACAUGACAUUAUUGAUGUACUGAAGUUCGACAUUGAAGAUGGCGAAUAUCAAAUAUUUAAUCAACUAAUCGAGAGUGGUAUUCUCCAGGACAUAAAAUUGGUGUCAUUUGAACUUCACUUAGGUCAUAUGAAGAUAUUGGAAAACGCAGACACAGGUUUACUAAUUUAUCGUGCACUCAAAGUUGCAUUUGAAAAGAAUAACUUCAAGCUAUGGAGAUGGCAUGAGAACGAAUCAAUGGCGAAACAACACCCAGAAAAUGCUUAUUGUUGGACUGAAGUUUAUUGGAUCAAUAUGAAAUUUGUCAAAAAUAAAAAAUAAAGUGUACUUGACUGAACCGGCGAGA